CCUCACUCCUCAGCUUAAAUUCAUCAGCAUUCAGCAAUAAUUUUCACGUUUCUGUUUUGUAAAAUCAUAAUCUUCUUAUUUCAGAGAUAUUACGAAGCGUUCUUAUAAAAAAAAACGUAAUUCGUUUUUAAUUUGAUUUAAAAUAGUUUAUAAAAUGUGGCACGAAGCACGAAGACAAGAGCGUUUAAUUCGCGGCUUAAUAGUGGACUAUCGACGUAGGGCUGAACGACGAAAAGAUUUCUAUGAAAAAAUAAAAGCAGAGCCAACUCAAUUUUUACAAUUACAUGGAAGGGUGUGUAAGAUACAUUUGGAUCCAGCUGUGGCUGCAGCGGGAGAAGGGCCAGCUAUCAUGAUGCCCUGGCAAGGUGACACCAGCAAUAUGAUUGACAGAUUUGAUGUUAGGGCACACCUUGAUUAUAUACCAGACAUCAAAGUGCCAGACAUACCACCAGAUGAACUUAGUCAAGAGGAGAGGCAGUGUAACUAUGAGCGAUACAGAAUCCUUGCUCAAAAUACUUUUCUUGGAAUAAGUGAAGAUAAGUUCCUUAAGCAACUAGCAUUGGAAGAACAGUUUGGCAUCACCAUUGAGGAGAGAGAGAUGCAAAAGGAGCGUUUAAAUGAGAAAAAGGGGACAGGUGUAGCAAUCGGAUACAAUUAUAAUGAUCCCGGAUCUCAACCAUCCUGCUCAAACGGCCCUGAACUAACGGAAAGUAAGGAUUCUGAUGAUGAAUCUGAUUUAGAGAUCAUUGAUGUUGAUCUGAGCAUUGAUGUCAACAAAAUGAAGGCUGCACAGGCUCACGAGUUAAAUGCUGUGGGACCUCAAUAUGGUAUGACUGGAUGUGAUCUGUUCUCAUUUCUUACUGGUGACGCGGAUGAAGCGGAACAUCAGAAGCAAUUAUUGCGAGAAGAGAAGGAAAAAGCAUUGUUCUCCGGUAGAAAGAGUCGCAGGGAGAGACGCGCACAUCGUUUUGGGUAUACCAGGGAUAAAAGACUGCCUCCAUUACCAACAAGUCCACCGAGUUAUGCAGCGCCAGCUGAGAAGUCAAAAGAAGCGUCACCUGCACGUUCCAAUACGCGAUCGCCUUCUCCUGAGGUGGAGAAUAUUGAGUUCAUCACCUCGUUUGGGCCUGAUGAAGAAGAUAAACCACCACCUACACCAAAGCCUCUCUAUUCUGAGAAACUAAAGAAGAAUCUUAAGAAAAAUAUGCUCUAUUCAGAAAUCGUGAGAAAGCGAAGAUCCAGGUCAAGAUCCCGCGAUAAACCCCGACCUGUGAUGGGACCGCGUUUCAGGGACUCGAUUUCCCGCUCGAGGUCUAAGUCUUAUUCAAGAUCCAGGUCCAGAUCCAAGUCCAGGUCUACUUCUAGGUCCCGAUCCAGAUCAAGGUCUAAUUCGUCUUAUCGAAGGUCUAGAUCUAGGAGUUACGGAAGGCGGUCGCGUAGCCGUUCAAACUACGGUGGAAAUGGAAAACGAAAUAGAUCAAGGUCGAUGUCAUAUGAAAGUAAGUGCGAGCCAAAAGCCGUGCCGCGUUACUACGGGCGUCGCAAAGAAGACAAAUCUUCGAGUGAACUCUCGCUCGAUUCUGACUCUAGCACCUCGGAUCAUAAUUAUAAAUCUUCAGUCGGCAAUAAAUCACAGGCAAACCAGAAUCAGUUACGAUUAACUGGAUCCAGCUCCAAAGGAACAUCGCGUGAGGCGCUGACAAUGAAGGAACGGCUGAAACGAAAAAUGCAAGCGCAGUUAUCGAGACAAUUGCGUGCGGACAAACGCCUGGAAGCGGAACGUCUGGAACGGGAAAGCAGGAGGCAGGCACGACGAGAUGAAGAGAUGCGGGAACUCGCUAUCAAGCUACGAAGGAAACAACGCGAAAUGCGACACCAACAAAGUCGUCGAUCGAGCGAAGACGACUCCGAAAGAAGUCGAAGUGAAUCAUCGCCCAGAAAAUCGCCAUCGCCAAAAGAGCGAAGUAAGUCCAAGAGCAAAACUCCAGAGAAACGAAUUCAGGUUUGGGAGUCGGAUGAAGUGUCUCCGUACAAGCAGAAGUACCAAGAAGUGGAUAGGAGACGCCACGAAGAGGAAUUCAGGCAAAGAAGGGAUAAUAGGAUUUUCAGAGGCCGCAAAGAUUACAGAGGACAAAGACAUGAAGAUGGACCUUCAAGAAGAGAUGACUCAGAUGGGAGAAAAGUGAAGUUGGUGGACUAUUGAACUAAUACGUGAAGUACGUGUAGGCGCGUAUACGUUGAUGUUACUUUUUCUUGUAAAUAUAAUUGUGAAAUGUAUAACUCAUAUGUUAAGACAUCUAAUAAAAUGUUACCAUCGCGUUUUAUGAAACAUAUUUUUUUUUUAAACUAAACUUUAGAAGUACAGUUGAAUCUGGAUAAGCGAGAGAUCAAGGGAGAACAAUCUCAUUCUCGCUUCUAAAGGUUUCUUACUAACCCGAGUUUCUCGCUAAUGCAGGUACAUGGGUAGCGUUUCUCUCUAAUAGAGGUACGCAGCAAUAACAAGUCACGGCAUGUACGAAUGUAGUAAAUAUGUAAUAUGUUAUAAUUAUGUGCACAACAUAUAUAUUUUAUUUUAUUUUGAACUUAUUUACACUUAAAAAAAUCCGUCAAUUUCGUUUGGGUUUCUGUUUUUGUAAUUUGAAUGUUUUUCUCUAACUCAUAAAUUUUGUCGAAUAUUGCUUGAUCAAGCUCCACUGUCGCUUAUAAAGGUAUAGAUAAGUAGCAGUCUCACUUACGGAGGUCCAGGAGGGAAAAACGACUCUCUUACAGAGGUUUCUGUUUCUCGCUAAUAGUGGUUUUGGGAGCUUAAAAUGACGGGUCCCGGCUCACUUAUAGAGUUCUCUCACUUACCCAGUUCUCACUUAUUCAGGUUUAACUGUACAUACAUGAAUGAAAACUUUUUGCGUAUGUACUGAGUGAAAAUGAGAUAUUGUCAACAUGAGAUGCAUACAAUAUUUAAUAGGCGAUAAUAACUAAUAACAAUUUACAAUUUUUACGUGUAAUUGUUGCAAAUUCUGAUGGCUCUAAUCAGAUUUUUCCGAAUUUAUACGCAUAUUUACCUGAUAAGGUGAUGUUAAUUAUAAAUAUUCACGGCAAAGUGAUUUAGAAUUAAAAAUGAACUCCCUUAAUAAAAGUACUAGCCUCAAAUAGCUAUUACGUCUUUUACGUAGCUUUUCUCAUUCUUGUUGCUUUGAACGUUGUGGUAUUAUUUGACUGUUUGAAGCUCAUACGUUCAAACAAACAUACAAGGUGUUUAAAGGAUCAAAAUUCUUUGCAACUUGGGUUCAUUUGUAUCGAAAGAUUUCGAAAAAUGUUAGCUAAAUUAAUUUUAUAUAGAUAAUAUUAUAGUUUCAAUACUCCCUUUAUGUCUAUGUAAAAUUGUCAAUAUUUGUAUAUGAGAACUUAUAAAAGAGCUGCUCGAAUGUGUUGCUGCCAACAAAUGUACAUGACAUAUUUGUCAAUUAUAAAAUACAGAUUAAGGAGUUA